AUGAACGUGGAAACUGAAUUACUGUUGGCCAUAUUAUUAAUAAAAAAAAAAAAAAACGUAGAAAUACAUCAAGAAGAUUCUGGUUACAUCCAUUUCUUUUAGACCAGUUUUCUAUUUCACUUAUAAAAUUUUCAAUAUUUUUUAUUUGUACAAUCAGACGUCAUUAUUUCAAUAUUGACAGAAAACUACACUCAGACCAAUAAAGACCGAAAUCAAAAUAAAUUAAAAAAUAAUAAUCGAUAUCGUUUGAUCAAACACGUAUUAAUUGCGCUACUAAAAAUAGUCGCGUGAUUGCAGUCGCGUGUGAAACGCCCGAUCUAAAAAUAAGUUCUGUUACUGCGCGGCGUUCUGCGGUGAAACCAGCCACACACACAACGUCAGUAGCGCUUCCAAUCAGUGGCUGUGGCCGUCGUGCGUGAGACCAUCCGUACGCGUUUAUGUUUUCCCGAUGGCAGCGCUGCCAAGUGGCUCCGUGUGA